AUGGAUUUAUUGAAAGAAUAUGACGACAGUGAAGAACUGGAAAUAGAUGAAUGCGAAAAAAAAUCAAAUGAAAAAAACAAAUUAAAUAACAAUAAUAUGAUAACAGCACAUAACGUAGGGCAGGAUCACAACACAGAUACAAUAAAUGAUGAGAGUCAAAUAAUAAAUACAACAUGUCUUAUGAAUUCAAUGAAUAGUGCCCCAGAUGUAAAUACAUUUGACAUGGAAAUAAAGAAUUACAAAGAAAAAUAUAAAAAUAUAGAAAAAAAAAUUAUGUUUGAUGAUCCAGCUUUUCAUAAUAUACUGAACAAGCCGCAACAAGGACCAAGUAUAAAUGCACAUUAUAACUUUUUAAAAAAUGCAUCUAAAAAUCAUUACAAUGGAAGUAUAGAGACAACAUUUAUAAAUAAAUGCAUAUUUGAUUAUCAAUACAAUAAUUUUAAUGUAACGGGCAUAGCUGAGAACCCUGCACUGAAGAAUUAUUAUAAAAGUAAUUACCAGAAUUACCUCAUAGCAAGGAAUAGGGAUUGGGAUGUGGAAAACAAUGAGCAAUCAUAUGCUAAAAGGAGUAAAAAAAAGAGAGGAAAAAAUGAGAGUGAGAAGGAUAAUUACAAUUUGGAAAAAUAUAAUGGUCCAUGGGAAGAAAAGGGAAAUAAGAAAAAAGAAGAAAAAGAAGGUGAUGUAUUGCUAAGAAAUGAUAAAAAUUUUAAAAAUACAAAAAUUGAUGAAGAAAUAAAAAAUGAUAAUGAAGGUCCAAAAACAAGAACAAAAAAAAAUGUAUUCAUGAAAUUAGAACCUUGUACAUUUGAGGAAGCAAUUAAUAGAAAUAUAAUAAAUGAGAAAAAUACCAUAUACAAUGAUAAAAUAGUUUCAACCUUACAUAUAAAUGAUGAAUCUGAUGAUUAUUGUAAUAAGUCAUGGUUUCAAUUACCAGCAGAAUAUAAAGAUAGAGAUUUUAUAAUAGAAGAAAAUUUUCCUCCAAAAAAAGAAAUUUAUAUAUAUAAAGGACACAAAAUGGGUGUACAGAAAAUUCGCUUCUUCCCAAAAUAUGGAAACUAUAUUUUAUCUGCUUCUUUAGAUCAUACAUUAAAAUUAUGGGGAGUAUAUAAAUCAAAAAGCUGCGUAAGAACGUACAAGGGACAUUUUAAGGGAGUUAAAGAUGUCACAUUUGAUAAGGAUGGAAUGAAUUUUUUGAGUUGUAGUUAUGAUAAUAAUGUAAUAUAUUGGGAUACUGAAUAUGGAAAAAUAAAAGGAGUUUACAGUCAAAGAAAAACACCAUAUUGUUUAUGUUUAAAUCAUGAUGAUCCAAAUACAUUCUUAGUUGGUGGUGCUAAUAAUAAAAUUUGUCAUAUUGAUUUUAGAACGGGGAAUAUUGAAUUAGAAUAUAAUGAACAUUUACAAGCCAUAAAUACGAUUACCUUAUGUGAAAAUAAUAAAAAAUUAAUAAGUACGUCAGAUGAUAAAAAAAUAUUUAUUUGGGAAUAUGGUUUACCUGUCGUUGUUAAAUAUAUAUCGGAUGCUUCCAUGUUUUCAAUAACAUCUGUUUCAGUGCAUCCAAGUAAUAAUUUUUUUUUAUGUCAAUCCAUGAAUAAUAUAAUAACAGUUUAUGAAGCUACAGGUAAGUUUCGAUUAUUUUCGAAAAAAACAUUUAAGGGGCAUCAAAAUAUUGGAUACUCUAUUAACGUUUCAUGUAGCAAUGAUGGAAAAUACGUUAUUAGUGGAGAUAGUAACGGAAGCUUAUUUAUUUGGAAUUGGAAAAAAAUGUCGAAUUUUAAGAAUAUCAAAGCACAUAAAAACGUUUGUAUAGAUUGUGCAUGGCAUCCUUUUAAAACCUCCAUGUUAGCUACAGCAAGCUGGGACACGACAAUUAAAUUGUGGGAAUGA